AUGAGUUUAGAUACACUCUUUCAACAAAUUCUUCUGACUGAACAACAGUUAACUGAACAGACACAAAAACUCAAAGAAGUCAAAGUGGCCAUCAUUAGAUGCAAUGAGAAGAUCAAGAGUGCCACUGAAAAGUAUAAAAAGACCAAUGAGGAACUGGAUAUGAAGGCUCAGCGGUUGUCUGCGGUGAGGCUGCAGCACGACCUGAUGAGGAAAUGUGAAGACCAGAUGUUGAAGCAAAUUGAGGAGCUGCUCUGCCAGAACAGACAACUCAGGGAACGUCUGGCCAAGAUAAAGUGGGAGUCUAAAGAAGAAGAGAAAAACUUCCUCCAAGAGAUCUCGAAGUUCAACAGUGACUUCAGUCUUCGGGAGAACAGAGACGUAGUGUUCGAGAGCCAAACACACACUGAGAUCCUGGACCUGGAGAGGGAGGUGGACUCACUACACAAAG